CGAAUGAUAUAUGUUUUUGAAAGUUUUCAUUGAUUUUCAUUUUUUGGUGAAAAUCUCAGUAAUUUUUCGGCGUGAAAAUUCGAAAAAACAAAAAUGAUCGGAUAGGAUAAAAAGGUACAUCAUUCGACUCGGUUUUCGACGCUAACUCCGAAUAUGAUGUUUUUGUUGCAUAAAAAGUGAGUUCUGGUGGAGAAAACUGAGAAUUAAGGGCACAAUUCCGAUUUUUCGCUCCUGAUUUAGAAAAGGUGAAAUUUCUCAGCAAUGGAGAGGAAUUUCAAAAAUCCGGAGUUAUACUUUUGUUGUACGAAUCAAGGCGGUUCGAAUGGCAUAUGUCACAAGAUUCCAUCUCCUCACACAAAAACCUAGAUAGGUUUAGAAAAUGACUCGUUCAUGUUUCUCCUCAGUCCAUUCACACGUCCAUGGUGAACGAGUGUUUACCUGUGAAAUGGACUGAGAACCAUUUUCUAAUUCAGUUUUCAACGCUGAAUAAGCAGAAGAUAGUUUGAACCGUCAAUACUAUAAUAUAAGGUGAAAAUUUUAAUUCAAAAAAAAACGAAGGAUUUCUCUAUUUUUGACACCGUUUGAGUUUUUUCAUUUUUCAACAUAAAAAAAACGUCGGAAAAAAUUGAGGACCACAUUUUCUUAAUUAGCUUAGACCCCUCUCUCGAAUGAUGUACAGUAAGUUUAAAAAACAAUUUCAUUCGAUUUUUGAAUUACCUGCACCUUACGUUUCAUAUUAAUAGCGGAUAACCGUCUAUUAUCCAUCGAUGACUAACUUUUCACAUUUUUAUUUAAAAGGAACAAAGCUCGAAAACUCUUUUGUUAGGUGUCAGCUGGAAGUGAUAGAUUGUGUCCGUACUCGAACGCCACGUGAUUCCAUAAAGAGAAGAUUCUUUUUGGUCCCAUUCCUUUUUUAUUUCUGGAAAGAAUGAGAUGUAGCUGCCAUGGCUGGUAAAAAGCAUUCAUUAAACCCUCCAAAAUUCGUAUUGUAAUACUGAUACUUUGAUCCUUUUUCUAUAUUUUUAGAAGCAGUUCGUGUGAAAUAUCGUCUCAGCGCAUUAAAAUAUGAUAGAUGUUACUCAAAAUUAAUUCGUCCACGUAUGAGCGAUUUCUUAAAUGAUGAAAGAAAACGCCAAUUGCAGACAAUGAAACAUCAACUUGCACAGGCAGCUGCAGCACGAGUGAAUGAACGUAACGAAAAUGAACAUUAUUAA